GGAACGACGAGCUAGUUCCUGGAUUCCGAUGUCGGCCUAGAAAGCAGCUAAAUAGUUUGCUGGUGGCUAACUCAAGGAGGAUUUAAACGACCCCCACACACAACAGGAGCGACAGCUCAAACCGUCGACAUUGGGGUCAUCUCCAGCUGUUAAUCCUCAGAGCCAGGGGAUGAAGGAGGACCUGGAACCAAAGAGAACAAGAGGGCUGACAUGUCUGCGUCUACAUGAUGCCCUAGCCUGUGCGUGGCUUUCUUUAAGGGAUGCAGAAUGAGAGAGGGCGGCUCUCUGAAGAGAGUUUGGAGGCGGGAAAGGUCCCUGCUGCAGCCAUCGCUAGCCAAGCACAGUUGCACCUUCCUGAGCCGCAUCGGUCUUCCUAAUGGAAUGAGUUGAUCUGUCACAGCAUCAAGAGUCCUCGCUGAAGACUGAAACGGGCUCAUGUUGGAUGUUUGAGGGCUUUUUACCUAUUAAUGCAAGGACAUUCAUUGUUUUUUUUAACUUAAAAAAAAACCCAUCUGAACUUUUGUUUGAUGUUGUGAAGCUUCCCACAACUGGCCUGAAAGUGGAUUUGUUUUAGUUGGGACUGAGUUUGAAAUACCACAACUGUCCCCUCCUGCCACCAUCCUCGGUUUCUUCCACCCACCCAGUGCCUAAAUAAACCCCCCCCCCCCCCUCCCCGGGAAGACGACGUCUUCGGCAGCUGCUCCGCUCAAUCCUCUCUUCUCCUCCGUGGGCUCCUGCUCUCUGUCUGAUGGACUACCUCUUUAACUCGCUCUCCUUUUUAUACUCUUACCCUCUGAACGGGAUCAUCGAAACGCAAGCACAGCGACGGACAUUUAAAUAAACACUAAUCCAUCUCUGUGCAUGUAUUUUUAUUUUUAUUUUUUCUUCAUACGUGCACAGUGGUGUUUAUAACGUUGCAUUAUUGCACCAAAUACAGCUACAUUAAGCCAUACGCGGUAAUAUUUAUUAAUUGCAUACGUAUAUUUUUGUAUUAUUUUGCUCCCGUGUGCAGAUUCAAAGUAUGCAUACAAGCUGAUUACCUGCAAGAAGCCGUGCACAUCCAAGUUCUGUGUAUCGCUGCUUUAACACGGUUUUGUAUCGGCGUGUCCGGAGACAUUUUUGAAGCCUGCACACAUGUUUCCUUUCAGUCUCUGCUCUGCCUAGUGUUGGUUUUCCGGUCUGCAGCCAUGGCCCCCCAUGGCUCUUAAUCCCUUAAAUCAUCAUUUGGAGCUGUAAAAAACCCCGCUUUACAGUCGGUAUCUACCUGCCUCUCUUCUUCCUCCCUUCUGUCUCUUUCACUGAUGCCCAGUUUCAGUGGUGGGGUGGUUGGGGGAGGAGUAGGGGGCCCAGCUUCUGCUCCUCCCCGUCCUUUUCGCCCCAGCCGAUAUGUGCCGGUGUCUGCAGCCACCACUUUCCUGGUUGGGUCCACGACGCUCUUCUUUUGCUUCACGUGCCCAUGGUUAACGGAGAACAUCUCCAGUGUCAUUCCCAUCUACGUCGCUGUGAUCUUCCUCUUCACACUUGCCAACUUUUGCAUGGCGACAUUCAUGGAUCCUGGCGUCUUCCCCAGAGCCGAGGAAGACGAGGACAAAGAGGACGAUUUCCGCGCUCCUCUCUACAAGACGGUUGAGAUCCGAAACAUCCAGGUGCGGAUGAAGUGGUGCGGGACCUGCCGCUUCUACCGCCCGCCGCGCUGCUCGCACUGCUCCGUCUGCGACAACUGUGUGGAGGAUUUUGACCACCAUUGCCCCUGGGUGAACAACUGUAUUGGCCGAAGGAAUUAUCGCUAUUUCUUCCUCUUUUUGCUGUCUCUGACCACCCACAUCAUGGACGUGUUUGGCUUCGGCUUGGUUUACGUCCUGCAUCACCCCCAGGAGCUGGACACGCCACAUGCUGCUGUCACUAUGGCUGUGAUGUGCGUAGCCGGUCUGUUUUUCGUCCCAGUUGCCGGCCUGACUGGCUUCCACAUAGUGUUGGUGGCCCGCGGUAGGACCACUAAUGAACAGGUGACGGGGAAGUUCAGAGGAGGCGUCAACCCUUUCACCAGGGGCUGCUGGAGGAAUAUUUCCCAUGUUCUCUGCAGCCCCCAGGCCCCGAGGUACAUGGGCCGAUGGUGGAACCGUCACACGGUGGAGAUACAGCCACCGUUUCUCAGACCGGCUCUCACCGAGGCGCAGCUAGAAGCGAAGAUUCUGGACAACGGCAUCCAGAAUGACCGCCACAGCACCAGGUCUAAGAGCAGUCUGGAUCAGAUGGAGAGCCAGUCAGCAGACAUGGAAGCUCCGCCUCCUCCCAAGCCGGAUUUUCGUUACCCGGGUCUGCCCCGUGCCGACACAGAAGCGAGCAGCUUGUUGUCCGAGGCUCCGCCCACACCACUGAUGUACAAGUACCGACCAGCCUACAGCAGCCCAGGGAAAAACCACGCCGCUGUCACACACCCAAAUAAGAUGACCCGCGGGGAGAGCCUUGACUCUCAGUCGCCGUCCAUCCUCCAGUCCAGUCGUCAGCCUAGCUACCGCUCGGAGCCCAGCAGCCUGGACGGGGCCACAGUGGUGGGAAGAGGUGUAGGGGUGCGCAGAGGGGGAGGGGACAGGGGUGAGGGCCCUGGAGGCCCUGGCGGGACCGCCGCUGUGGUGUCAGGGGGCGUGUCAGGUUACUCCCUGACUGGGCGCUCCUACACCUCCUACCCAUCCUCGCUGGUUCUGUCCGCCGGCGGCUCCCGCUCCUCCAGCCUGCGCUCGGCACAGACUGUCCACAACCCGCUGGCCACGCUCCAAUCGGAGGGCACCACGGACACCAGCUACAAAAGCCUGGCCAAUCAGACGCCUCGGAAUGGCAGCCUGUCCUACGACAGCCUUCUGACGCCAUCCGAGAGCCCGGAGUUCGAGUCCGCCGCCCAUGAGCUGUCACCACAGAGGCCUCACGCUCCGCUCCCCUCGCCGGCCGGAUCGGGCCGGCCCGGGGCGGCGUCCCCCGGUAGCCCGCUGCAGGGCUACACGUCGCCCUUCCUCUCGGCUCAGAUCGCUCAGCAGAGGGAGGGGCAGCUGCUCCAGGGCUCCACCACUUUCUCCUCCCCCCAUAGGGCCUACCUCCGCGCUGUCAGCCCACCCCCUUCCUCCCCCCCCGGGCCCCCCGAGGCCCAGCACCUGCUCCAUCAUAACCAGAACCCGACUUCCCGAAUCCCUCGCAACCCUUCCUCCUCAUCCUCUUCCCCCGGGGCUCGCUCGCUAGACCCCCCUGUCUCCCCGCCGCCCCGUGGCCUCUCCCUCAGCAAGUCCCCGGUUCACAUAGGGGAGACAGGAUCUCGGCACAAACCCCGGCCCGCAGGGCUAGGCGCUGUGCUGGGAGGGGGAGGAGUUGGAGGAGGGCAACAGGCUCCACAGUCCACCUCUCGCCCAGUCUUGGCCAAUCACACCACAUCCAAACCGGUGGGUGGGGUGAAGAAGGUAACCGGCGUUGGAGGGACCACAUACGAGAUAUCGGUUUGAGCGACGAACGUCCCGAGUGAUCUUUGACCAGGAGGAGCGGGCGGUCUGUCAGGGGGGGUUGGGGGGGGGGGAGUGAAACCAGUCACAUCUUGCACUUGCACUUGCGCAUCUUAACCUUAGCUGGAGAUUAUUCAUGACCGAAAGCCUCUUAGGAACGAUUCUUCUGCUGUAGACUCCAGGAGAUGGCUUGUCUGGUACUCAUUUUAUCUUUGUAAUGGCACUGGUCACUAUCCCCCCCCCCCCCCCACCCCCCACACACCACACACACGCCGCCAGCCUUUCUGGUUUGAACAAAGAGAAACGGAGGACGCUGAUUCAUCUCCCACUGGAUUGGUUUUCUCCUCUUAUUUUUUUUUGCCACUUUGUGAGCCAUAGACUGAUGUGACUGUCGUUACGGCUGGGUACAAGUACGUCUCUGAAACACACAAAACCUAUUCCAUGAUCUGUUCUGUUGCUUUGGUACAUUAAGACAAAGUAUUGACAAGAGUGUCCAACACUUAAGGAAAGGUGAUGCUAAAUUUUUAAAUGGUAGAACUGACCAAAAGAAACAUCUGCACGGACCACACAGAUGGGAUGAGUCCAACCUAUAAACAGUAUCAUUUAAGUUUUUGUAUAUUUUUUUAAAUAUCAUUUUAUAUAAAUGUAAAAAAAAAACAAAAAAGUCAAAUUAUUAUAGAGUGAAAAUGUCAGAUAUUGAAGAUGAUGGUGGCAGAUGUAUUGUAUGUAAUUAAUCAUGAAAGCCAUUUCAGAUGAGUCGCCUGUGCAUUUUUUUUUCUUUUCUUUUGUCUUUUAUAUAUAUAUAUAAAUUUUUGAUGGCUGCAUCAGCCACUUGCAAGCUCUUGUUAGUUUUUUUUUUUUUUUUUUUUUUUUUUUUUUUUUCAUCCAAAGACAGAGAUGAACCUUGCUGGACACCAGGAGUGGCGAAGAAUAAUCAAAAUUAUUUUUUAAGAAAGUAAAAUGAAAUUUUAAGCCCCACAGUUGCAACACAAGCAUCUUUUGUGGAAUGUACGCUUGUAAUGUUUAUGCUAGAAGCAUUAUGCAAAAUCUGUUUUAGCUUUAAGAUCCUUGUUUGUCUUAUUAGUGUUUUUGUUCAUUUUGUUUCCCCUUUUCUGUAAAUUGUCAUUUAGUCUUGAAUGCUAGCAACCAUAUACGUUUGUUUUUUUUUAACUUAUGUUUAGCCAAAUAGAGGGUUAGAAAGGGAAAGGCUUAUUUAUUUCACCAGGGAAACUGCACUAAUUCAGUCACGCUCUGCAGAAGAAGUCUGAAUAACUUAUAUCACAAAA